CGUUUUUUCCGGUAAGGGGAGUUCUUGGGAAGCCCUGGUCUGCUCGCCAGGGAAAACGCCAUUAUGCACGUGUUUCCAUAGCAACACGGGCGGGGCCGCCGCCACCACGCCCCUCCCGGAGGGACAGUUGAAAUCUGUAGAUCGGUCGCGACUUGUUGCAGAAAGUUUGUCAAUGCGAGAAAAAAUGUCAAAAGUUAAGGGCGGUUCUUCCAGCUGCAGGACGGUGGCGGGUCACCUCCUGUCGAAACCCGCGGUCUCAGCGAUGACUCCCCGAAACCCGGGCGGUCUCCAGCGGCAGAUGAGCUCCCUGGGCGCCGCUGGGUGGGGGAGCCCCAGCCCGGCCGCCGCCCAGCAGGACUUCGCCAGGCCCGGCGUCCCGGCGGCGGCGGCGGCGGGGGGUGUCGAUCUGCCCAGCCGCACGCUGAUCUGCAGGGAUGUGAAGGCGUUUCUCGGCGAGAUCGGCGGCGACUCCAGGGAGGCCAGGUACUGGCUGACCCAGUUUCAGAGGAGCACCUUAACGCGGUCCCCUGCUUUCGCGGUGCUGGAGGUGGACGAGUCUGUUCUGAAGAGCCGGGAGAUGACGCAGAGCCUGGCCUUCGGGCUCUCUUUCCUGCAGCGGAUGGAUAUGAAGCCCGUGGUGGUGAUGGGGCUGCGGGCAGAGGAGAUGGAGGCCGUGCUGACCGGGCCGUGUUUCCGCCCCAGGGCUGCCAUGGUGCGGCGCUGCCAGGCUCUCGCAGAGGCGCUGCAGAGGAACUCCGUCAGCGUUAUGCCCUUCUUCAGCGCCGAGUCCUUGCUGCUUGCCCAGGACGUGCCAUCUGGUGCUGGGCACAGAUGUGGGAACAACAUUGCAGUGGACGCCGGGCUGCUGCAGUGGAGCCUGGACUGCGGGAAUAUCCCGCUGGUGUGUCCGGUGGGCAGGAGCGUCAGCGGCUGCUCUGUGGUGCUGGACUCGCUGGACGUCACCGCUGCCAUCUCAAAAGCCCUGCAGCCCCUCAAAGUGAUGUUCCUCAACAGCUCAGGGGGAAUCCGUAACCAGAGCCACAAGGUGGUGGGCCAGGUCACCCUGCCUGCUGACGUGGCGCUUCUGUCAGAGGCAGAGUGGAUCAGCGUCCAGGAGCAGCGUCAGGUCAGGACCAUCGUGGACCUCCUGAACCAGCUGCCCAGCGAGUCCUCCGCUGUCAUCACCUCGGCCAGCACGCUGCUCACCGAGCUCUUCAGCCACAGGGGUUCGGGGACCCUGUUUAAGAAUGGAGAACCCAUCCACAGGUACAGCAGCCUGGAUGAGAUCGAUGUCGACCGGCUCCUGGCCUUGAUCAACAAGUCCUUUGGGAAGAACCUGAAAGAGGAUUACAUUGCCUCUCUGAAGGGCCGGCUGCAUUCCGUCUACCUUUCCGAAGAGUACAGCGCAGUGGCUGUCAUCACGAAGGAGCCCGUGAGAAGCUGCACACCGUACCUGGAUAAGUUCGUGGUGAGCAGCAGCAGGCAAGGCCAGGGCGCCAGCCAGAUCCUGUGGGAGCACAUCCGACGGGACCUUGGCGCCCUCUUCUGGAGAUCCCAGAGCACCAACCGCAUUAACCCCUGGUACUUUAAAAAAUGCGAUGGCAGCUUCGUCAGUGGCAGGUGGAUUGUCUUCUGGUUCGGGCUCUUGGACAUGCGGGACUCCUAUGAGCUGGUAGAGUACGCCAAGAACGUACCCGAUUCCUUCUGCGUGACGGAGUCUGGAGGACCCCCGGACUCCUGAGUCCAGGGCCGACUCAUCUGCCCACAGCGCACUCUCCCCCAGCCGCUACGGGGGGCUUCACGCCACCGAGUGACCCUCUUGCUAAUACGGUGACGGAGCAUCUUGGUAAACCCCAUCGUAACACAACCUUUUGUUUUCGGGAAGGACAGCUGGAAGGGCUGAUGCUCUCUUUCCACAAAUAAAGAAGUAUGAGCAUUCGCAAGACUAGCUGGGAUUGAUUUAGCACUGCUGCUUUUGGGGACGAUGAUGAUUGCGGUUUCAUUUUGGGAGCAGGGUGUGAGAUCCACAUGGUUUUGCACUGAUGCUCUGAGGCAGUGUGCUGGGAGCCUUUAACUGCACUGAAUUUUUCACAGAAAUUUUAGCUGCACUUCCCAAAUUGGAAAAAAUCUUCACACCCCACUAAUUUUUUUUCUCUUUAAUUGCAAAGCAUCUUAUUACUUCUAAGUGUUAUUUGUAUUUCUUUCUGAGACCAUUCAUUGUGCUUUUGUUUGAUUGAAGUGGCUACAUGAAGGAUGGUUUCUCAUGUGCCUUGCAAAGGACAAAAAAAAAAUGGCCCUUUGUUGAUUGUAAAACAGACUCUACUAGUUCCAUGUUUCCCUGCUCCUGGACUGCAGACCCACACUGGUUAUAAAAGACCAACCCAACUCGGGAACCUACAGUGGACACUUUCAGAACAUAGUUGCAGCUAAAA